AUGGGUAGUACGGCAUUUCACCCUCAAACAAAUGGGGAAAACGAACAAAUGCAUCAUACGCUCACUGAAUAUAUGAAAGCCUACGUAGAGAAAGAAGAUCAGUGGGACGAGCACUUACCAUUGUGCAUGCACUCAUACAACACUACGGACCAUGAAAGUACAGGGUACUCACCGCAUGAGCUUGUUUUCGGGCAAAGAGCGAGAACACCUACUAGCUGUAAGAUAUCAUCUAGUGGCCAGACGUCGAACAAAUAUCUUAAUGAGCUGGUAACGACACUGACGGAGAUGAGAACCAUCGCCGCAAUGAUUCAAGUGCAAGCGAAAUACCGCUCAAAAUAUUACUACGACCGCAAAUUAAAUACGAGAUACUACCUCGAGGGAGAAAUAAUUUAUGUGUUAAAAGAGCCGUCGAAAGGGAAAUUCCACGCCUAA